AUGCGUAUCCAAUCUUUCCUUUUGGCCGGUGCCACUGCCGCCAUCGCUGCCGAGACAGUCUCUCUUUUCCUACUUGGCUUCGAUCAGCAACCGCUUGAGGGCAAGGUCAUUGGCACUACCGGCUCCAUGACCAAAUAUCUCAUCAACUGUGCUGCUGGCUCUGACUCCACCGAAUGCGGCCUCCCCCUUCUGGCAUCACCAUCGCCCAAGGCUCUUCAACUUUCAGUCUGGGAUACAGUGGGGAACCUGAUCAUUUCCCUAAACAGGACCGUCGUUGAGAGCUGCAAGUAUGAUUCCGUAAGCGUGACCUGCGCCGCAAGCCUCGACGAGGAGGGCCUAACCACCUCCAUCACCACCACCGUCGCCCUCAGCGAAAUCCCCGGUGGCGGCGCUUUGUUGCCUGUUACGAUCACCGGAACUGGAACGGAAAAGGCUGCCGCCACUACUGGUGCCUCCGUCUCGGCUUCUACCGCUGCCUCGACUACCGGUGGCACUUUGACCACCUCCGCUUCGACUACUGGUGGUACUAGCACUGGCGAGUCCUCGGAUAGCAGCAGUGCUGCUGCCACCAGCCAGACUGAGUCUGGCAACGCUGCUAUGCCCAUGAUUACUGGAAACGCGCGCUGGGCUGCCGGUGGUGUUGCAGCUGCCUUGGCUCUUGCCGCUCUCUGA